CCCACGACUGACCUGACUCGAGACCCAUUUGCUGCGCUGGCUUCUUCAUCGUUUUCGUCGAGCUUUCACAACAAGAACAAAGCACAGCAGUGCCCCAUUUUUCCUUUUUGUCUUUUUCGUGUCUGGAAAAAAAGAGGAGAAUCUUCCGAGAAAAAUGAAAAACGGAUGGGCAAGCAAGUGUUGAAACGAAUAUUAGAAACAGAAAAAAAAGCUUUAGUCUUUGAUGCACAUGUGAAAUUGUGAAUAUCCAAAUCCUACUGCACACGCUAACCUCUCUCUCUUCCUUCUUGUGGUGGAGGUGAAAGAAAGAGGAUCACCAUCAUCACCACCAUCACCACCAUCAUCCCCAUCAUCAUGAUUUCAAGAUUAGAAAAUGUCCAACACCAACAGCCACUACCAGCCGCCCACAAAGUAAACGCUCCUUCCCUCCCCUUUUAUUUAUUAUUAUCUCCUCCCCAUGUCAACGUCACUUGUCUCACACACCCAUCGCUCUCUCCCUCUCUCCCUCUCUCCCUCUUCCUCCCCCCCCCCCCCCCCUUCUUCUGGGUCAACUUCCCAAUUGGGGUUUCUUCCUUUGUUUUCCUGCCAUCCCAAAAACCCAAUUCCCCCCGCCCUCUGCACCAGGUAGAUAUAGCUCUCUCUGUCCUCUCUCAGGCAUUUAUUCAAACAUGUGCUGGGCGUUCUAGAUUGGUACUAUUCCUGCUGCUGCUUCUUCUAUGAUUCCAAUAGAUUGUAGUUAGAGUAUUGAUGGUGAUGUGAUUGAGUGAGAGAGAGAGAGAGAGAGUCUUCAUGUCUUCUUCUCUUGUUCGGAUGAAACACGACAAGCAGAAGGUGAAGGUCCCAGCAAUACCAACACCACCAACCUUUCGUCUUCUCUGCUAUUUGGGUCAAUGGAUUCUCGUCCUUCUCAUUCUUCCUUGCUCUGCCUCUGCUGCCUGCGACCGGCUCGAUCGCGACGCUCUUUUGUCCUUGCCCUUCAACACACCGUUGAAUUGGUCUGCUUCCACUGACUGCUGCCUUUGGGAUGGAGUCACCUGCGACCCGGUUGAGCACAGCCGCGUCGUCCGGCUUUCUCUGCCCAGGAGAGGCUUAUCCGGUGUCGUCUCUCCGUCCAUCACCAACCUCACCCGUCUCACCCACCUCAAUCUUUCCCACAAUUCCCUCUUGGGUUCUCUCCCAGACGACUUGCUUUCUUCCCUCCCAAGUAUUGAGGUCAUUGACUUGAGCUUCAAUCGUCUCAUCGGCCGCUUCCCACAAUCCUCCCAUGAAAGCAGCCACCUGCAGAUUAUAAACUUGUCCAGCAACUUCUUCAAUGGAACAAUCCCAGCUUCGAUCCUCGUCCCUUCAGUGUCCGUUUUCAAUGUCAGCAACAACAGCUUUUCGGGACCGAUACCGGUCAGCAAUGGCGGGAAUCACACUUCCCUUACCUUCUUGGACUUGUCCUUCAAUAAAUUCACCGGCCCAAUUCCCCCAGGAAUCGGAUUGUGUUCGAGGCUCCAAACUUUUCGGGCAGGUUUCAAUGCCCUCAAUGGUUAUCUCCCUGAUGAAAUUUUUAUGCUUGCUGAUCUCCAACAGCUCUCUCUGCCUGUCAAUAUUCUCUCUGGACCCAUCAGUGAUGGCAUCAUGAACCUCACCAAUCUCAGGAUCCUCGAGCUUUAUUCGAACAACUUCUUUGGGCAAAUCCCUGGGGAUAUUGGUAACCUUUUCAGGUUGGAGAAUCUGCUCCUCCACAUCAACAACUUCACAGGUGCCUUGCCUCCGUCCCUCACCAACUGCACAAAUCUAUCCACCUUGAAUUUGCGGGUUAACAACUUAAAUGGACAGCUCUCUGCCUUCAAUUUUUCCACUCUCCAACGCCUCGCCACUCUGGACCUUGGCAACAACAACUUCAUUGGUGAGUUACCUCAAAGCCUCUACUCGUGCAAGUCCUUAACUGCUAUUAGAUUGGCUAGCAACCAGCUCACUGGCGAGAUAUCACCUGAAAUAGUCGCGUUAGAAUCGUUGUCUUUCCUGUCCAUCUCUACCAACAGCCUGACAAAUGCCGCGGGGGCUUUUAGGAAUCUGAAGGGUUGCAAGAAUCUGACCACUCUGGUCUUGUCGAAGAAUUUUUGGAAUGAGGCUUUGCCAGAUGAUAAAAGCCUUGGAGCCCCAGUUGGAUUCCAAAGUCUUCAGGUUUUUGCUAUCGGGGGUUGCCAAUUCACAGGUCAAGUACCCACCUGGCUAGCCAAUGUUACAAAUCUUGAAGUCUUGGACUUGUCGUUUAAUUUUAUAACUGGUUCGAUCCCCGGUUGGUUGGGCAGUCUGCACAACCUUUUCUACGUUGAUUUGUCUAAUAACCACCUUAGAGGAGGAUUUCCUCUUGAGUUCUGCUGGAUGCAAGCUUUGACAUUGAAAGAGGCUAGUGAGAUAGUGGACAGAAGUUAUCUAGAGUUGCCUGUCUUUGUGAUGCCCAACAGUGCUACUAAUCAGCAGUACAAUCAGUUGUCCAACCUCCCCCCGGCAAUAUAUUUGGGUAACAACAGCCUUACUGGCAGUAUCCCCAUUGAGAUUGGUCAAUUGAAGUAUAUUCAUGUGAUGGACCUCAGUCAUAACAACUUCACUGGCUGCAUCCCGGAACAAAUUUCUAACCUGACCAACUUAGAGAAAUUGGACCUCUCCUAUAACCAUCUUUCCGGUGAAAUCCCUGCUUCUCUCAAAGGUCUGCAUUUCUUGUCUUCCUUCAGUGUGGCUUACAAUGAUCUUAAGGGACUUGUACCAUCUGGAGGUCAGUUUGAUACUUUUAUGAACUCCAGCUUUGAAGGGAAUGCUGGACUAUGCGGCCCUCCAACUGCUCACAUCACUUGCCCUCAACCUUUAUCACCUGCUGGUCGAAGAUCUAACAGAAACCUUCUUAUUGGGCUCACCUUUGGGAUCUGUUUUGGCAUUGUAUUUAUUGUUGUCUUGUUAGUAGUGUGGAUGUUGUCUAAUAGAAAAAUCAUUCCUGGAGGAGAUACUGACAAGACGGAUUUCGAGACCAUGUCUAGCCAAUCUACUGUUGUUGCUCCUGAGCUUGACAAGGAUACCAGCUUAGUCAUACUGUUCCCAACCAAGACCAAUGAAAUCAAGGAUCUUAGUAUAACUGAAAUCUUGAAGGCGACUGACAAUUUCAGUCAAGCAAACAUCAUUGGGUGUGGAGGUUUUGGUCUGGUUUACAGAGCAACGUUGGCAAAUGGGACCAGGCUAGCUGUUAAGAAACUCUCAGGAGACUUGGGUCUGGUGGAAAGGGAAUUCACAGCAGAAGUUGAGGCACUGUCCACUGCCCAACAUGAGAAUCUGGUUUCCCUGCAAGGUUAUUGCGUGCAUGAUGGUGUUCGCCUAUUAAUGUAUUCGUAUAUGGAGAAUGGGAGUCUGGAUUACUGGUUACAUGAGAAAGUGGAUGGUCCUUCCCAAUUAGAUUGGUCAAUUCGACUGAAUAUUUUGCGAGGAGCAGGCUGUGGGUUGGCUUACAUGCACCAAAUAUGUGAGCCGCACAUUGUGCAUCGUGAUAUCAAGUCAAGCAACAUCCUCCUGGAUGAUAAAUUUCAAGCACAUGUUGCUGAUUUUGGAUUGUCCCGGUUGAUUCUUCCGUACCAGACUCAUGUUACAACCGAGCUUGUUGGAACUCUUGGUUACAUUCCUCCAGAGUAUGGACAAGCAUGGGUGGCCACUUUGAGAGGAGAUAUGUACAGUUUCGGGGUUGUCAUGCUUGAGCUGCUAACCGGAAAAAGGCCUUUUGAGGUAUGCAAGCCAAGGGGGUCAAGAGAGUUGGUUGGCUGGGUGCAGCAAAUGAGGAGAGAAGGCAAACCUGAGGAAGUUUUUGAUCCUCUCCUGAGAGGGAAAGGCUUUGAAGAAGAGAUGCUGCAGGUUCUUGAUGUUGCUUGCUUGUGUGUCAACCAGAACCAUCUUAAGAGACCUACGAUCAAGGAAGUUAUCAGUUGGCUGAAAGAUGUUGGGACAUCCAGCAACAUGAAGAUAAAGACUAGUACAUUAUUUUUUUUCCUUUGACACUUGUUAAGAAAGUAUUUAUAUGUAUACUUGCACAUAAAUAUUUUGGGUAUUGUUGCAGAAUUUCACCACAUUACUUGUGUAAAUGCUUUAAAGAUCUACGAGGCAUCUAUAGUUUUGUCUAAACCUCUGAGGCUUGGCAUUUCCAACUCUUUUAUUACAGAAAACAUGAAUUUUUGCA